ACCACUCCCACACUAACGCCGCCCUACCGUGAAACCAGCAUGUGCCCCCGCCCGUCGCGAACCAUAGCGGUCGCCCUCUCGCCGUCGCCGCUCACCGCCGCAGCGCCACCAUGUUGACACGCAAAAACAUCUCGCAAUGUUGACAGGCACCAUCACCCCGUACCCCGAGCCUGCGCCGUCCGCGCAGCCCCCGCGCGCACAGCCAGCGCCCGCCACGCACCCAGACGACACGCAUAUCCUGGCCCUGGCCCAGCACCAGCUGCGCUCGCACCUCGAUCCGCGCGCACAUCCAUACUCAGAUCUACAUCCACAUCCACAUGCACACCCACACCCACGCUUACAGACACACUCCAAUCCACAUCACACCCCAGCGUCGCGGCCGCACCGACAUUCGAAUCGCAGCGUGCCAGCCGCGCAGCAUGCGCAAGGGCAUGCGCAUGCGUAUGCGCACUUCCCCUCCCCGCCGCCCGACGACAACGACGCGGACGCCGCAGAUGUCGGCGCCGGCGCGGUGCGGCAGUCGAUUGAGCGCGCGUGGGACAGCGGCGUGGAGAGCGGUGCAGACGGUGCGGACGGUGCGGACGGUGCGGAUGGUGCGGACGGUGUGGACGGCGCGGACGGCGUUGUGGAGAGUGUUAUUGAGAGUGUCGAGGACCACGUCGAGUUCAACGCCAACGCCAGGACUGGAACUGAGACUGGGACGCAGACUGCGAGCGACGACGACGACGACGACGACGACGACGACGGCGUGCGCGGCGAGUGGUGGAGCACGUGUGGCCUGCAGCGCGAGAGCUGGGUGCGGCGGGCGGGUCUGAAGCGGGGUGUCGAGGGGGAUCGCAGGGGCGGAGGGAAGCGGGGACGCGCUGGGGGCUAGCUGGGAGCACUGUGGACUGCAGAGCGGAGGUGUCGUGGGCCGUGAGGCGGUGGUUUGCUACUCCAAGUCGUGAAAUUAUAGCCUGACAUGCUCGUCCUUGUAUUCGUUUCACGUUUCACCUCCCCGACGCACUCCUACGCCGCCCGCUCAAUCGGCCGCGCCUGCGCCCUGGCCUCCGCGGGGAACAGCGGCGUCCCCGCCUCGCCCAUCUCGCGAAUCCGCUUGAUCAGAUUACUGCGCG